UUUUUUUUUUUUUUUUUUUUUUUUUGGCACGACAUCUGCCCCGCAUCACAACAUUGAUUGACCAAGACCUCAUUGCUUUCUCUCAAACUCACUCAACGCCCCAGACACUCACCUAACCCGGCAACCAGCCCCGCCGGCCAUACGCUGCUGUCAUGGUCCGCAAUAUUGUCGUCCUCGGUGGCAACUCCCACCCGGAGUUGGUUGACGAGGUCUGCGGCAUCCUCUCGAUUCCACCAUGCGACCGCAUCCUGUCCAAGUUCGAGGUGGGAGAGAGCCGCUGCGAGAUCAAGGACUCGGUUCGUGGCAAGGACGUGUACAUUAUCCAGUCUGGAGGCGGGAAGUCCAACGAUCACUUCAUUGAACUUUGUAUCAUGAUCUCGGCCUGCAAGACAGGCUCCGCUAAGCGUGUUACUGCCGUACUCCCUCUGUUCCCCUACUCGCGGCAACCAGAUCUGCCAUACAAGAAGUCCGGCGCCCCGCUGUCCCAGGCCGCCGGCAGCUCCAACAAGGAAUACACAUUCGAGAGCGUUCCAGCAACACCGGCUCCCGGCAUCCCCAGGACUGCUGGGCUUACCAAUGGCGUCGAUAUCACGCAUAUGCUGCGCGACAGCUCCUUCACAAAUGGCAACGCCCCAGCCUCUCCCCGGCCAGCGCCUCCCUCGGAACAAUUCUCUGGCAAGAAUGAUGCAAAUGGUGUGAACGGCAGCCGGUCGGGCAAGCCAAAAGCCCACAAUUCUUCGGCAUCCACAUCUUCGCUCGUCCGGUCCUACACGACACACGAUUACGAGAACCCAUCCUUCAUCAACCACUUCCAGGCUCGGCCGGGCUACAAGCAAUGGGUUGCGCAGGCCGGAACUCUGGUUGCCAACUUACUUACAUGUGCUGGUGCAGAUGGCAUCAUCACGCUUGAACUACACGACCACCAAUACCAGGGGUUUUUCGACAUCCCCGUCGACAACCUCUACGGCAAGCCGUUGCUACAGCGCUACAUCCAAACCCAUGUGCCCAACUACAAGGACGCCAUCAUCGUCAGUCCAGAUGCCGGCGGUGCAAAGCGAGCCACCGCUAUUGCGGAUAGCCUUGGCAUGGAUUUUGCUCUUAUUCACAAGGAGCGUCGCCCGACCAAGAUCUCGGACAACCAGAAUGCCACGAUGAUGCUGGUUGGUAACGUCUCAGGUCGCAUCUGCAUCUUGGUGGACGACCUUUGCGACACGGGUAACACCAUCACACGUGCUGCCAAAUUGCUUAAGAAGCAGGGUGCCACCUACAUCUACGCUCUCGUCACCCAUGGUCUUUUCAGCGGUGACGCAAUCCCGCGCAUCAACGCGUCCUCAAUCGACAAGAUAGUCACAACAAACUCCGUCCCUCAGGCCGAGCACAAGGCCUUGUGCCCAAAGAUGGAGAUUCUGUCAGUCUCUCCCGUGUUUGCAGAAGCCAUCCGCCGGGUGCAUCACGGUGAGAGCAUCAGCGUCCUGUUCCAACACUGAUGUUCUGAUCAAGAAAAAAAAAGCCAUUUCUAGUUGCAGAGCCCAACUUCGUUUGCUGUGGCUUUGCUUGACACUACUACUCAAAACAAAAAAAUCAACUUCCUCUUUUGCAUACACCAGCUCAUGGCGGCGUUAUUUUGGCUUUCCCCAUGGUGGCAUGUUCGAUUAUUCCCUUCGUGCUGGAGAAUCUGGCUUCACGACUCUCCUUGAUCUAGCCCGGAGAAAUGAGUUUGGGGGUUCUAUUUGCUGCUUUCAUCUUCAAAAGGUCUUUUGUCUUUUUUCUUGGGGAGGGCUUAUUUUGUCAUUCAACGUGGCGUCCAAGAUAAAAGGUUCACGCGAUGUCGCAUUUGACGCAAUCCACCUUGAUUCCAGGUGCUCUGUUUGACCAACCUUUGCAAGCGGUUCCUCGCUUAUUCAUGUCUUGAGGUGAGACUUGGUUUCCGAGGUCUGCUUUUGUCUUGGUAGCGUGGGCUUGCUUUGGACCGGCUUAGGGUGACAUGCUUCGCGACGGUGCCAGAACCGGUACCCGUUAUUCCCGCUUUAGGGGUCUUUUCUUGUGGUUCAUUGAGCCACCGUACCGUGAACAAAGUGGCUGACUUGGAACACAUUUCUGACACUUCAGCCGAUUUUGUCGACUGGCUUUUGCUACACCUUACAGACCUCCCUAACCUGACCCUACGCGCAGCUUCGACGUUUGUCUCAAAUCUCCACGCCCGUCUAGGACAAGGCUAUUUGGGCAUAUUAUUGGUUUUCGACCACACGUAGAGUGAUGGACGGCCCACGCGACAGAACUCAGCAGCUCUGUAUUGGUCAAAGCUUGCAGAACUUGGUCCACUUGGCGGAUGCGAGAGGUGACACCGCAGGCAAUUACGAUAUGUACACAACUUAUAGAGGAGAUGCUUAGAUACAUCUCGUAGUUUGGGACGCUUAGUCUUGCCGAGAUAGAACCAAAUGUAGGCCUUGACUAGCAUCGGUAGCAUCAAUCUCGCGUGAAACGACGGUCAGGAGGCUUGUUAUGAAUGCCAUUCUAUACGUGUUUUGCCCAGAGUGGCCAGCAACCUCAGCCACCACAUGCAUCUUCCAACUGGCAGGAUGCAGCCAGUAGGAUGAUGUACCAACUGUAUAACUGUAUGGGCCUGUAUUCGAAUCAACAAAAAUAAAAUAAUUGUUCUCUACACCCGGGCAAAUAUAACUCAAAAACGGAGAGCAUUUCACAUGAUCGCAGCUCUUGCAGCCACAGGACUUCAACGGUUU